CACGUGCAAUGCAGCACCUGUCUGUAGCAGCAUCGACAGUGCCGCCCGUCCGUCAUUCUCACACCUGCAUUGCACCUCAGCCGUUUCCGCUGGUCCCAUCCUUUGGCCCCGCAGGCUCGUCCGCCUGCUCGCCAUCGUGGUCUUCGACAAAGGCCACGGUGUCAUUGUUGCUGCCGCCCUUGUCGAAUGGCAUCAGCUGAAACGGCAUCUCGGGGUCGAUGAUCGGCGGCGGCUCUUGCUUGGUGGUGGACAGGAAUUUGGGCUCGGUCUGACUCCGACGCUGACAAGACUGGUCCUGCACACACAAAGACAGACACACACAGCAGUGAUGGGAGACGGAGAGGGAGAGGGAGAAGGGAGAGAAACGUGUGUGUCUGUCUGGCUCUAACCUCCGGCUCGUCGACUUCCAGCGGGGGGAAGUCUGGAUGGUCUUCGUAGUUGAGCCCCCAUCCCUCGGGCAGCGAGGUGCCGCCCACCCUGGGGAGCACCUUGCUGCUGUAUGGCUGGUCAUCGCCAUACGUGUCGUUGUACUGCACCGUCAGACACGGGUCAAGCGACCACUGGAAAGACAGCUUGUUGCUUGUGGCCGUGAAUUCAUGGUCGCCGAAGAGCACGUCGGCCACACCGGCCCCCUCGGUGCCCGGCAGCCAGGCGGCGAUGAAGGCGUCGCUCCAGUUGAUCUCUUGAUUCAUGUAGACAGGCCGGCCGGAGCAGAGGAUGGUGACGAUGGUGAUGUUGGGGUAGGUCUCCCUGACCUCUUGCAGGAAACGACGGUCGGACAGGCCGACGGGGGUGUUGCCGUGAUCCCGAGACACUGGCCACUGUCGGUCGCCGAAAUACUCUGGCACCCAAUGACAUGCACACAGACAGACAGGGAGGCAGGGAGGGAGGAUGAGCCAUCGGCCCACCUGUGCGUGCCCGUGUGUGGCGUGAUGUAUGUGGUGUUCUUGCCUGCGUAUGGGUCUUCUGCCAUGCAGACGAUGACGGCGUCGUAGCUCUUGAGGUCAGGAAUCGGUCCGCUGGUGUAGAGCGUCACACUCUCCGCCCCCACCACUUGCUUGAUGCCAUCGAGGAUGGACUGGCCUUUGCCGAACAGGGAGUUCGGAAAAGAGGGGCUGCCUUGCCUGCGGUGUGACACACACACACACAUACACACGUGGGAUCAGCCCGCCGUGAGUAAGCUUCUCGCGUGGCCGCCUUUCUGAUUGUCCGCAUCGCAUCAUCUCUCUCACCGACCAGUCUUUGGUCCAUCCUCCGUUCUGCAGGCCGAUGCUGUCGGCACACCGCCCAGCCACCAGAUACUUGCCCUUCUUGGACAGGGGGAUGGGCUGGCUGGCCGCCCUUCUCUCCCCGUUCUUGAGCAUAACCAGUGACUUCCGCACCGCCUCACGCGCCGUGGCGCGGUGCUCCGCCGUCUCAAAUACCGAUUCGACACCCGCAUGUGGCCGAGAGAGUGGUGCUUUGCGCUCGGGGUAGCCCGCUGCCACAAGGGCCGGUGUGGUGAAGGCGCCGUAGAGGCCCUUGACGGUGAGGAUCCUCGUGACGGCGUCGUUGAUCCUCGCCAUUGGGAUGGCCCCACUGUUGGCCGAUUGGAUGGUGUUCUCGAGGAGGGUCUUCCACUGGUCACUGGAGGUCAUCACAAUGUCAAGACCUGCACACACACACACACACACACACACACAGCCAGCCGCAUGCAGAGAGACUGUGGUGGUGUUCUAUGGUGACUUCUCCUUCACCAGCCGACCCACCUGCAAUGAACGUCUGGUCGCAUUUGGUGGCGGAGCAGCCCUCCACCUGUGCGUGGCCAUUCCAGUCGCCCACCACCAGCCCGGCGAAGCCGAGGUUCUCCUUGAGCACUUCGGUGAGCAUGAACUCGUUGCCGUGUGUCUUGAUGCCGUUCCACGAGCUGAAGGAGGCCAUGACCGUCUGCACGCCGGCCUCGAUCGACUUGAAGUAUGCCGACAGGUGGGUGUCUUUCAGUUCCUGCAGCGUGGCCUUGGUGUCGCCCUGGUCCACCCCGCCCUCCGUCCCCCCGUCGCCUCCCCAGUGCUUGGCGCACGCCAGCACCCUCUCCGGACCCAGAAAGGGAAACGCACCGUCUGCCACGCCCUGCAGGCCUGAGUGGUGCAGGCAGCCGACAAACACUCACAGCUGGCUCAGUCUAUCUGUGUGGGUGCACGGAAACGGAUCCAUUGCUGUACCUUUGAUCAAGUGCGAGGCCAGAUUUUGGACGAUGACUGGGUCCUGCAGACACACAGAGAGAGAGGCGCACGAGCAUCAAUGCCCAUAAUGCGUCCACUGAGGCUAUGUUUCUUGGUCUGUCUCCCUCCCUCCCUCACCUGGCUGUAUGACUCGUAUGUCCGCCCCCACCGCGUGUUUUGCGCGACAGCGUGUGUGGGCGCGAAGGCCCAGUCACACCCAGUGGCCUGCAUCUCCUUGGCCGUGAUGCGGCCGAUCUUCUGCAUGAGUGCGGGAUCGUUGGCGCAGCCCAGCCCUAUGUUGUGCGGGAACAGCGUGGCCUGCGGGAGGUUGCUGUGCCCGUGGAUGGCGUCGAUGCCGAAUAGGGGGUGGAUAAUCGCGUCGUCCACUUUUGUGGCGGCGUUCCAGUAGGCCUGCAGAGUGGUCGCCCACUCCUUGGCGGUGUUGUCGCCCAUGUCUUCGUUGCCGCCCUGCAGGUGGGAUCCGAUGUUGUUGGCGGCCAUCUCUGCGGCAGUGAUGGUGGUCUGCAGCGGCAUGAGCAUCUGGCCGCACUUAUGCGCGACCGUCAUCUUGUCCACGAUCCGCGCCACCUCGCUCACAAUGAUCUUUGGAAGGGCCGGAGACUUGACGUCCGAAGGCCAAGUCACACCGGCUGCGCAGCAUACAGACAGCAUCGAGAGUGAGGUGACGCACUGCGCCGCUCACUCACGUUCUCGGUUGACAUAUUUGCAUCUCCCGCCCUCAGUUUGGGUGAACCCGUCUCGACACUUCUCGCAGGUCUCGUUGUCCUUAGCGCACUUGUCGCAGCCGGCCACCUGGCAGCCGUCAUCUGUGGGGUCUUCCACCUUCUUGCAGUCGAGCCGGGCGCUCUUGACGCCCUGCUUGAAGCCCAUUCUUUCGACGGCCUCCUCGUCCUUGAGCUCACAGCGCCCAUUGGUGUAGAACGAGAAGGCCUCGCAGUCGGGUGUGGUGGCACACUCGUGGUGGCACUCAGCAAGAGAGGAUGUCAACCUGGUGGAAGAAGGAGUAGGAGGGUCUUGCCAGGUUCGGCUGCGUCAGAGUGCAUUGCGUACGAUGCCUGUGCGACGUCGUUCUGCUGCCCGUCGCCGAAGGCCACAUCGUCCAACACGUUGCACCUCUGCAUAGCUAAACAAAACGAAACGAAGCACACACAGGCGGGAUGGAUGUCCUUGACCCUUGAUACCUGGAAUGUCCUUUGCUUACGUUUGCACUGGUUGUCGCUGGGUGACACGAAGAACCCCACCUCGCAAAGCUGACACUCUUCCUCCCCGUCCGCCGCCUUGCCGCAGCUCCUGCACUGGGUCCUCGCCGUCGAGCACUGCUUCUCCUCCAGCCCCCCCAACACUCCACCACCGUCACCGACCAGGCCUUCAGUGCUGGCGGCCGAAGCCAGGCCCGUCGCCACACAGUCGCGCAGCCCUGACACGACUGUCAGUGAGCCGUCGCUGCUGUUUGUGAAGAGGGUAGGGGUCUCUGCUUUGCCCUUGAGGUAGCAGCCGACGUCGUGUUCCGUCUUCAUGAAGGUGAAGGCCUGGCAGACGGGCCGGGAGAGGCACUUGUCGCGGCAGAGGGGGAGCUUCGACGCCUUGGGGUCGUUGAUGAAGACUUCGAUGUCGUAUGAGGCGAUGGCGCCGCUGGCGAGGCACCCGUCUGACUUUUUAAAAGGCGCCCUGGGGCUGUCGACUCCGAGGGGGAUGGCUGACUCGAAGCGGACGUGCUCUUCGGCCGAAGUCAGCCCUGCGGCAACCGUCAAUACGAUUAAGGUCAGGUGGAACAUUGACCGCGUCUCUCCAACGGCCAAUCACACGUAUUAAAAAAUAAAAGCCCGCACACAAGAGAUGGACACAUGGCUCAUCCGCUCUACGACGGCUGUCUACGGCGUGUCGUCGCCUGAUG